AAAGUUUCAGUAUACUUCACCGCACAGAAUCAAAACCCAUAACGGCGACUUCUUAAAUAGAAAGAAAAAUAAAAUUGCUGCUAUCCCAAAUUCACAACAACCAGUGUAGUCAUCACCGCUUAAUCAGAUAUUUCGCCGAUAUUUUCGUCAGGCACAAUGGAUAUGAGAGUUGGGCUCUUAGUUGUCUUUCUGCUAGGUGCGAACUGGGGUUGCGAUGCUAGACAAUUGUUGAAACCAGAUUUAACAGAAAUGCAGGCUUCAAAUAGUGUUGGCAAGGACGAUAAUGUCUGCACAUUGUGUGAGGAGUAUGCUACCCAGGCUCUUGAUUACCUUGAACAAAAUAAGACCCAGAUUGAGAUCCUUGAAGUUCUACAUCAAUCCUGCUCGAAAAUGCACGCCUUUAAGCCAAAGUGUAUUGCUUUGGUGAACUAUUAUGCUCCUCUUUUCUUUCUGGAGAUUUCCUCGAUACAACCUGUAGAAUUCUGCCGAAAGGUCAACCUAUGUCAACAAAUUGUCGCAAUCUCUUCACAACUUCGUGAAGAUAGCUGUGGAUUAUGCCACCAUGCUGUUUCAGAAGUACUAGCUAAGUUGAAAGACCCCGAUACCCAGCUGGAUAUUAUCGAGGUGCUUUUGAAGGCAUGUAGCUCCAUAAAAGACUAUGAGAGAAAGUGCAAGAGGAUAGUUUUCGAGUAUGGACCUCUGUUCCUUAUUAAUGCAGAGAAGUACCUGGAACAAAACGAUAUCUGCACCGCUCUUCAUGCCUGCAAAUCGCCUCAGAGAGCUGAAGAAGCUUUACAUUCCGACUCUUAAUUCUUAGUUAUGUCCCUAAUGAAAAAGGAGUUAUAAAUAUUGGAAGUGCAAAUGUAAAAGAUUACAUAUGUUUUCCCACAUUCCCACAUUUGUUUGUAUCAUAUAGUUAAAACUUAAAAUUGCCUCAUAGCAUGAUUGUGCUUUUCCUACAAAAUAUUUGAUUGUGUGCUUGUAUAAUAUUCACUCUUGAUGAAAUUUCAAUGGCAUAGUUUUUAGUCU